AUGAGUGACACCAGUCGUUUACUGGAAGAUUCUGGUGAACAUUCAACUGAGCAGGCCAUGGCCAAAGCUAAAAAAAUAGUUAAUGACUUAGAUAAUGUUACGCUCAACAUUGCUAUAACCGGAGAUACUGGCACAGGAAAGUCAUCUUUGGUGAAUGCCAUUAGAGGACUUACAAGUAAGCCAAAUGGUGAUGCUACUGUUACUGCUGGUUCUGCAUGGGCUCCGACUGGGUCAGUAGAAACUACGAAAGCAGUCAAUAUGUACCCACACCCAACAAUGCCUAAUGUAAGGUUCUGGGACUUGCCAGGAAUAGGGAGCCUAAAUUUCCCAGAAAAGACCUAUCUGAAAGCUGUGAAUUUUAAAAUGUAUGACUUCUUUAUGUUAGUGAGCAGCAACAGAUUCACAGAGACUGACCUCAAGCUUGCAAACAAUAUUAAGAAGCAGAAAAAAAACUUCUACUUUGUACGCUCCAAGGUCGACAAUGACGUGAGAAAUGAUAGUGAGAAUGAAGGGAGGAAGGAGGAAGAGGUACUCCACAAUAUACGAAAGAAAUGUGAGGGCAACCUUAGCAAGCUGGGAGGUCCUCCUGUCUUUCUCAUCACAUCCCGUGACCUGACGAAGUUUGACUUCCCAGCUCUGGUGGAGACUCUGAAGAGAGACCUUCCUAGUGAAAAGAGGAAUGCACUAGAGCAGAGUUUGCCUGUGUACUCGAUGCAGUCCCUUGAUGAGAAGUACAGCUCAUUCAAGAAAACCGUCUGGGCACUGGCUGUUGUGUCUGGGGGCAUAGGUGCAGCCCCUGUGCCAGGCCUCUCAUUUGCCUGCGACACUGCCAUGGUGAUGUCCUUUCUCACCGGGGUUUACCGCUCAUUCGGCCUGCAUGACAAAGCCCUGGAAAAGCUGUCAGAGACAGUGGACAAGCCCAUACUGGGAGAGGUGAAAAAGUCAGAACUGAUCCAGGGAAUUGGCAAGUCCAUGCUCACAACAAGCUUGCAAUCAAAACUAGCUGUUGCAGGUGGCAUUGAGUCUGUGUCCUGCUUGGUACCGAUUGCUGGAAAUAUUUCAGCAGCUGGAGUGUCCUUUCUGACCACACAGGCUGUACUGCAAGAGGGUCUGGAUGAACUGUAUGGUGCUGCCAAAAAGGUGCUCGAAAUGGCAGACCUGCACUAG